AGUUGUUUUCUUCAAUUCAAGUUCAGCGGAUUUUUCUCCUCUUGCUUUAAGUGUUUUCCCCGUUUUCCAAGUGUUUUCUACCAAUUGUUCAUCUAAUUUCAACUCAAAAAUAAGAUAAAAAUGUGUGCUUAGAAUUGUACAGUAUUAAUUUAGUGUAUUUUCCAACAAAUCAACAAGAUUUAUGAAUUUUCUUUCGAAGAAUUCCCCUUGAUAUUUUCCACGGAAUGUCUUUCUUCUCUAUUCCUGAUUGUAUUCUCGAGCAAAAUAUCCAAACAGUGCGAAGCGAUCUUGUGAAAAUGAUGGACAAUGACGAUGCUAAUUUUCAACAAACCUAUUCGAAUACCCAAAAUGUGAUUCGACCCAUUUUGGGUAGAAAGUACUCCCUGCCCCUUCCGGAAACUUAUUCCCGGAAAAUGAGUGCAGACUCGGUGUCUUCUGAUGGAUUGCUUGCUUUUAAGACGACUCUCUUGCCCGAGAGAUCUUCCUACUUCGAUGAAAUCCGUGUUAAAGGGGACACCAAGAGAUUCUCCAGGAGGAACUCUUUCAGUUAUUCUCAGAGAGGAAGAUAUCAUCGUCCAGGGGAGAUGACUCUUCAGUCACUCAAUAUUACUGUGAAAUCUUAUCCUCGACUGAAAGAAAAGAGCUUUGAGCAGAGAUUGAAGAUCAUGGAGGAGAAUCUUCUGAAUUUUGUCAAUCUCUCCAGGAGUUUAAGUAGUCUCUAUCCAAUGGAAUUCUAUCCAGUGGACAAAGAUAUUGAAGUUAAUAGUGAAUUGAGUGAAGAUUUAUUCUAUUUAAUCAAACUGGCCAUUAAUGAGAUGUAUUGGGUUUCCUCAGUUGCAACAGCCCUAAAUCUCAGAGAUAAAUUCCUGGAAAGUUUCUGUUUCCUCCAGCAGGAGUCCUAUCAAGCAAUUAUUGAUGCUCAAAAAUCUGCAGAGUCCAUCCGAUUCGGCGAAGAAUCGCAUGAUCUUAAUGAAUCUAUUGAUGCAAUUAAUUACUGGAUUCGCCAAUUGUAUACUUUUCUUUGGCUAACAUUGCGCCUCUCUGGAAAAAUGUACCAAGUGCAGGAGAGAAAUCUUUUCAUUGGCGUUUAGAGAGAAAAUAAUGUAGAAUUAAUUGAUGCAUCGCACAAGAUGCACCGUAAAUUGCAAAAGUAAUUUCAUUUUAAAGAUCGUUUUUUAAUCUGUGAAAAUACCUUAAAAUUAGGAUUUUAACAAGAAUUUUAGCUCUUUUUCGUUGUUCUAUAAUUAUUCUCUAGUAGUUAUUAAUUUGAGAUUAAACUCAUAAUUCUAAUUUUAAUAAAAUUAAUAAUUAGGUAAAUAAAGUGUCUCAAUAAAAGAAAAAAA